UCCGUGUCCACUGAUAGAACCUUAAAGACACUCUCAUCUAACUCCCAUCACUGACUUGGUCCCUGGUACUCUCUAUUAGCCUCCAUUUCUCUCUUGCUCACUGAAUACAGACUCUCAUCUCUGGGAUGACAGUGCAAACUUCCCGACCUCCUCUGGUCUGCUCCUUCUUCAGAUGUACAGCUCUAUUUAUCACAUCAACCAUGGAAACCCCUUCAAUAUGAAGGUGCUGGUGGACUCCUGGCCUGAGUAUCAGAUGGUAAUAAUCUGGCCUCAGAAACAGGAGAUGACUGAUAACACGGACAAUGCAUAUCAUCUAUUUUCUAAAGAGCCUCAAAACUUACAAGAAGUUCUGGAAAACUGUGGGGCCAUCAACAGGACUUGUCAAGACAGUUUGGGUGAGAGACUAAGAAAGGUUGUAUCUUUAAAGUCAGUCCAAGUGGAAUACCUGAACUCAUGCCUCUGUAUAACAGAAGACAUCCUGAAGCUCAAUGCCUCCAGUAAGAGCACCAGAAACUGGUGUGAGGCAGGGCAUCCAAAUGAGUUUAGGCAGUACACAAAGCAUUUUUCCCAACUGGACACCUCUCAUUCUGAGCUGGUGAAUGACACCUGGGACUGGGGUAAGAAUGAGAGGAGCCUGCACAACAUCCAGUGCUGCAAGACCCCACCAGCAUGCUGUCUGCUGGGCCCAGAGCAUCCCCUGGGGCCGCCAGAGAACCCAGUAGUGAAGUGUGAAUGGCCUGCACUCUGGAUGGAUACCAAACACCAACAGCCUCCUGAGACAGCUGAUAAUUCACUACAAGAAAUCUUCGCCUCAGGGGAAUAUUUCAUUUUACCUCUCUGUGUUGGAAAAUAAUGAAAAAUCCCACAGAUCUGUGGCACAAAGUGGAUUCUUUGUGGUCCCAUGUGCAUGGUACCAGUGGACAUGCUACCCACAGAAAUUCAGUUCCAUUUGUUGAAACAAUGAAACUUUUUUUGCCAUCUAGGGCAAGCUCCCUCGUAAUAUUGAAGAAGUCACAAAAUACCAUUCUUUCAUUCACAAAUGUUUAUUGGGCAUUUAUGAUGUGCCAGGAACUCUUCUGGCAUGGAGAUACAAUAUUAAAAUAGACACAACCAUACACCUGAAAAGCUUACAAUCUAGGGGAGGAUAAUGCAGUCUUUCAAUUCGUAUGACAAGUGCUGCUGGGACUAGAAAGGGUUAACAGUAACCCCGUAACUGGGAAGCCAGAGGUGGUUUCCACAUUGGGAUUUGGAUAAAAUUAAAAGCAGAAGUUUAGGGUUGUGUCAAAACAACAUAAUCUGGCACUUAAAAUGCAAGGGCAAACGCAGAAAGUGAAAGAAAAAACAAACUAAAUUUGCCUAUUUCAAAAUAUGCCUCAGGCAGGUCCCACAUCCAGAAGAAGAUACUUAUCCAGGGUUUGAGGCACAGACCGCUUAGAAGAGUCCAGCUAGCGCCUUCACCUUCUUUGCCCAUUCUUUGAGUGCAAGUCAGGUUCCUUUACCCAAUCCUGUAUUGCUUCAUUAAAAUAAUGAUUCCUAAUCUUGGUCAUGUGGCUGUUAUAAAGAAACACCAAGAAAACAAAGGAAAUAGGAAACGAUUUUUAAGAAGACAGCAAAAUUAAGUCCAAAAUUAACAACAACAAUAAAAAUGAAUAGAGUGCUAUAUAUAUUAUCAAUGCAAUGUAUUAAUAUCUCCAGGGAAAGCCUUCCCCAAUGGUUCAUUUUAUGAAAAAGAGAUAAUGUACCAGAGAAGACAAACACUUGACCCAAGUUUUGGCAUUCCAUUCCCUCUGUAUUCAUGGAAGAUUAGUCCAGUCAUCCAAAACACUCUCUCACUCCUGGUCAUCUAGGUAAGAUCUCAUUGAGCCACCGAAUCCUUCUCAACACAUUUCUCCAUGGAACCAACUUUGAAGCCAAUUUAUUGUCAUCCAUGCCUAUGGAUAUAUGUAAAAGAACAUGGACUUUGGAGUCAGAUGAACUUGGGUUUGAAUCCAGGGAUCUACUUACUAUUGUAUAAACUGGGACAACAAAUAUAAUAUCCCUAAGCCACAAUUUUCUCUUCUAUAACAUUAGGAUAAUAGCCCCUACGUCAUAGUAUUGUGAAGAAUAAAUGAGUUGAUGCAUUAGAGGUAAUUUUUCAGAGUAGCAAACAUGAAAAAUGGUUCAA